AUGGGCUUAAUUAAUUUCAAAGCUAAUGUCGAGUUUCCCUCUGGUUGGGAUGAUCACGUUCGUAAUGCCCGCGUUAAAACAAGCCCUUUUAAAGUGAUUAGCUGUGAAGACCAAAAGAUUUUUCGAAGCUGGACUGAUCAUCUGAAAAGUUAUUACAUCCUGAAGUGUCCCUUUGAAAGUCGCCCAAUAAGGGAAUUACUAAUAAAAAAAGAAGAACCCAGAAUAAUCGAUCAUCGCGGCUCUUACAAUGGAGGAUUCAUCUCAAGUGUUGUAGUAUUAACAAAGAAAAAACAGGCCACGUUCAAAAAAGGGAAACAAGUUAGAAAUAAAUCAAAAAAUGGAGGCAAUGCAGCCCCUGCAUUUUAG